GGGAUGGGGCGUGUGGCAACUGCAGCUCAAGUGACUCAGGUCUUGUAUUCACACCUCAGCCAUUUCCGGCUCCCCCUAAGCCACAGCCACUCUGUGAGAGGAAGCUGGGGUUUGUGGUUCCUGUUUUGCCUAGGGACAAGGAGUAGGAGAGAAGAGGGGCUGGUAAGAGCUUUGGCUUCUCAUUUCAGGGUCAUUAAUGCUUCCUCGAGGGGAAGAAGGGGCUGGAUUGGUGGCUCCAGUGCCCAUUCCCUCAUCCGUAGUCACUCUUGCGAAACAAAACUUGGCUAAGCUUUGUAUUGUGGUUAUUUGUGUCUACCUCCCACCCUCCUGUGAGUUCCUUGAAGGCACAGGCCAUGUAUGACAUGUUGCUCAGUUUGUCCCACAUGGGUAGUAGGACACCAUUUUUUACUGGUUGAGUAACCUGGGAAGCAGACCAAAGGAGGCACAUUUCAAACAGCAAUCUGAGGACGUGGUGGUGAGAAAGAACUGGUAGAGGUGGGCACCAGCUGGUGGAAGCCCAUAGAACAGAUUAGCGGGGGAAGGACUCACUGAAGAAAAUUCAGGAUGCUGCUUUACCACCUAGAGGAAGUUUUAAACCAGCGGUUCCAGGGUUCUUCCGGCCUCUCUCUGUCCCCCACCCCGAGGCUGGGAAAGCCUGAAGCCAAGACAGAGAGAGGACCCGGAAGUUGUGGUGACCUCCAAGCACGUGAUGAGGGCGCCGCUGGUGCUGUCACGUGACCCGCCAACCUGCGGUACCUCGGGGCCUGACUUGCUGCUGCUCUUAAAGACCUUCACCCGCCCGGUCGGAGCCAAUUCUGGACGGUCGCUCACUUUGAAUCCUUCGCGGGACCUGAACUGGAUGCCAUGGGAGGCUGUGCGGGCUCGCGGCGGCGCCUUUUGGAUUCCGAGGGGGAGGAGACCACCCCGGAACCUCUGCCCCCUCUGCUGGACCGUCGGGGCGCCCUUUGGAGGAACAUGAUGGGUUUCUGGCUCCUGGGCCUUUGCAACAACUUCUCUUAUGUGGUGAUGCUCAGUGCUGCCCAUGACAUCCUUAGCCACCAGAGGGCAUCUGGGAACCAGAGCCAUGUGGACCCAGACCCACCGCCCACCCCCCACAACAGCUCGUCUCGAUUUGACUGCAAUUCUGUCUCCACAGCUGCCGUGCUCCUGGCAGAUAUCCUCCCCACCCUCGUCAUCAAAUUGCUGGCUCCUCUUGGUCUGCAUCUGCUACCCUACAGCCCCCGGGUUCUCGUCAGUGGGAUUUGUGCCGCUGGGAGCUUCAUCCUGGUUGCCUUUUCUCGUUCAGUGGGGACCAGCCUAUGUGGUGUGGUCUUGGCUAGCAUCUCGUCAGGUCUGGGGGAGGUCACCUUCCUCUCGCUCACUGCCUUCUACCCCAGGGCUGUGAUCUCCUGGUGGUCCUCAGGAACUGGGGGAGCAGGGCUGCUGGGAGCAUUGUCCUACCUGGGCCUCACCCAGGCUGGCCUCUCCCCGCAGCACACCCUGCUGUCCAUGCUGGGUAUCCCUGCCCUGCUGCUGGCCAGCUAUUUCUUUUUGCUCACAUCUCCCGAGCCCCAGGACCCUGGAGGGGAGGAAGAGGCAGAGACAUCAGCGCGACAGCCCCUGAUUGGCAGUGAGGCCGCAGAGUUGAAGCCAGACUCCAGCUCAAGCCUCUCCCUUCAGGAAAGGUGGACUGUGUUCAAGGGCCUGCUGCGGUACAUCGUCCCCUUGGUCCUGGUUUACUUUGCGGAGUAUUUCAUCAAUCAGGGGCUUUUUGAGCUUCUGUUCUUCCGGAACACGUCCCUGAGUCACGCUCAGCAGUAUCGCUGGUACCAGAUGCUCUACCAGGCUGGCGUCUUUGUUUCCCGCUCUUCUCUCCGCUGCUGUCGCAUCCGUUUCACGUGGGUCCUGGCCCUGCUGCAGUGCUUCAACCUGGCCUUCCUGCUGGUGGACGUGUGGUUGAGCUUCCUUCCCAGCAUCUACCUCAUCUUCCUGAUCAUUCUGUAUGAGGGGCUCCUCGGAGGUGCUGCCUACGUGAACACCUUCCACAACAUCGCCCUGGAGACAAGUGAUGAGCACCGGGAAUUUGCCAUGGCAGCCGCCUGUAUCUCCGACACUUUGGGAAUUUCCCUGUCAGGGCUCCUGGCCCUGCCUCUGCACGACUUCCUUUGUCACCUGUCUUGAUGCUCUGGCUUCUUGGGACAUGGGACACACUAAUCCUGGCCUGCACUGACAGGCAGGCAAGUCAGACUGCAGGCCCGCAGCCUGAGCGAGCUCUGGCCCAGGCUUCCCUGAGCGGCAGGGGUGCAGAGAAGUGCUGAGGUCCUGUUCCCCUUUGAGCAAGCCAGCAGUUUUCGCCCACUCCCAGGCUGGCCUUGGGGAGUUUCUUCAUGACGUUACGUCCUCAGAAUAAAUGCCUAUUUUGUCAGUUUUAUCAA